AGUCUUUGCUUUAUUGCCUCAGAAAGUAAGCAGGAAAAGGAGGGAGAGAAGUCACCAACACAAAAAGUCUCUCUCUCUCUCUCUCUCUCUCUCUACAUUCCUUUAUAUACCACCUUCUCAAUUUUUGGAAGAGACAGUCACAAAAAAUUGAACUCUUUGUUUUUUCACCCCAAAAUUCACAUCACCAACGCAUUUUUGGGGGAAAAAGCGAUUAUCACAGAAUCUGAGGAAGAACUUCGAGUUUGACGAUGAAGAAGGGUUCGAAGAGAAGCUGCAAGUCUGCAUCACAUAGUCUUUUCAAGGACAAGGCGAAGAACCGUGUUGAUGAUCUGCAGCUGAUGUUCUUGGAUUUGCAGUUUGCGAGGAAGGAAAGCCGUACAGUUGAUGCUGCUGUGCUCGAGGAACAAGUUCAUCAAAUGCUUCGUGAAUGGAAGUCCGAGCUCAACGAGCCUUCUCCCGCUUCUUCAUUGCAGCAAGGUGGAAGUCUUGGGUCAUACUCCACCGAUAUCUGUCGGCUUUUGCAGCUCUGUGAGGAGGAAGAUGACGCCUCUAGUCCAUUAACUGCACCUAAGCCUGAACCUAACGACCAGGCUCUACAGGCUGGGGGUAAUGUCAUUUUUCAAGAGGGCCAACAGCAACAUGAUUUCCCAUUGGUUGAUGAGCGCAAACACUCAACCUCAGGAGUUCAAAAUGUGGCAGCCAACCAGGAUGGAGCUGCUUUAGAAUAUCACCAGUUUGAUUUGCAACAGGACUUUGAUCAUAAUUUAUAUGCUGGUUUCAAUGGUACAGGUUAUUGUGAGGAGGAUGCUGUUCCUCUUAUAUCUAGCUAUCUACCAAGUGUAUGCCCUCCUCCUUCUGCUUUCUUGGGCCCAAAAUGUGCACUUUGGGACUGUCCAAGACCCGCACAAGGGUUGGACUGGUGUCAAGACUAUUGUAGUAGCUUUCAUGCCGCUCUAGCUUUGAAUGAAGGGCCACCAGGCAUGGCCCCAGUUCUACGACCCGGGGGCAUUGGUUUAAAGGAUAACUUACUUUUUUCUGCUCUUAGUGCAAAGGCACAAGGAAAAGAUGUUGGCAUCCCAGAAUGUGAGGGAGCAGCAACUGCAAAGUCUCCAUGGAAUGCACCUGAGCUCUUUGACCUUUCUGUUCUUGAGGGCGAGACUAUUAGGGAAUGGCUCUUCUUUGAUAAGCCUCGAAGAGCAUUUGAAAGUGGAAACAGAAAGCAGAGGUCAUUGCCAGAUUACAGUGGACGUGGUUGGCACGAAUCUAGAAAGCAAGUUAUCAAUGAAUUUGGAGGUCUGAAGAGAUCCUAUUAUAUGGAUCCACAGCCUCUGAACCAUUUUGAAUGGCACCUUUACGAAUAUGAGAUUAGCAAGUGUGAUGUAUGUGCCUUAUACCGUUUAGAACUAAAGCUUGUUGAUGGGAAGAAGAACUCCAAGGCAAGAAUAACAAAUGAUUCAGUUGCUGAUCUACAGAAGCAGAUGGUAAAGCUCUCUGCUGAGUUUCCACCUGAUAACAAAAGGCCUGCCAAAGGCAGAGCCAAGAUCAACGCCAAAGUUGGCAUGGGUGCUGUCUAUCCAGCUUCACACAGAAUGGCCCCACUAAGCGGAACAUAUGAAUAUGGGUUAGCUGCACCAUAUGACUAUCUUGUGGAGAACACGGGUGACUACUAUGGGACAUGAUCUACAUUGGAGUAAUGUGCAACAUGCUGUAUUCAACAUGCUUAUACAUUCUAUGCUGUUUCCUUUUGUUUUGGCCUCCUUGCACUGUUUUUCCUUUAUCCCUUCCCCUAGUAACAAGAAUCCAAGGCCAUUUUUGUUUGCCUUGUCUAGAUAUUGUGAAUAGCUCAUUCUCUUACUGGAGCGCGGCACUGGAAGCUGCUGGAUGCUGGAUUCUAACUUAAAUUUUACAGCAAUUGCUGUAUGUCAUUUAUGAUUUGCAAUUUGUUGAAUGCUAGAAUCUAAUUAGCAUCAUUAGAAUUGCCCUGCUGUUUAGGCUCUAUUGCUGUGAUUCAGCUCUGAUUAUAUUUUCAAAAUUAUGCUAAUGUAAGGUCUCAUUUGCACUAUUUCAUGGUAGAAGUCUCAGGACAAACCUUCAAAGGUACAUAGUAUUGGCCAUGUAAUAAAAAUGUCCAGUCUCAUUUUGUUGUAAUUUUUGUAUGAUUGAAGAGAAUCUUUGAAAGCCAUCGGUGAUAUGAACUACCUAAUGUUGGAUGA